CACAAACAACGUCCGACAGAGACCAAAGUAACUUUUAAACCGACGUGAAGCUCUGAGACUGGAGUUUACUCCUACACCUGAGCUGGACGGUGCUAGCUUAAAGUUAGCACUCUGGAGUGACUGCACGCUGGCAGCUUUUCCCUCCAGGUAAGAAGUCUCCGGCCCUCUGAAAGCCCCCUCUGUGUAGGUGUGCUGGGCUUGGUGGAGCAGCAGGACCCUCUAGUUUCAGAGACCAUGUCCGAAGGAGAGGUGCUGCCACCCACAGUCCCCUUUUUAAGGGGCUGCAAAGCCAGGGCAAGUCUACCUGUGGGUCGCUCCAGUGGUCAGCCAAGAGAGAGGCCGCUUGGUGUGUUGUACCUGCAGUAUGGGGAGGAGACGAAGCAGAUCAGGAUGCCGGAUGAGAUCAGCAGUCGGGAGACUCUGCAGGCUCUGUUUGUCACUGCCUUCCCCCAUCAGCUCACCAUGAAGAUGCUGCAGUCUCCCAGCAUGGCCAUCUACAUCAAAGACACCAGUCGCAAUGUCUACUAUGACCUGGAGGACGUCAGAAACAUCACAUCCCACUCCUGUCUGAAGGUUUAUCAUAAAGACCCAGCACAGGUGUUCAUCCGCCAUGCCAGGCCUGCCAGCACAGAGGGGAGGAUCUCCAAAGAGAUGUUGUACGGCAGUCACAGUCCAGUCCACACGCUGUCGUCGUCCAACUGCAGCACCCUGCACGGCCUGCAGGGUUCCAUGUCUCCCCCCAUGGUCCGCUCCAUGCCCUCCUCUCCCUCCAGGAAGGCGUAUGGAGGGGGGAGCGUGCGAGGAGGGGGGCCAGGACUGGUGGAUCCAGGCAGCGCCACAUUACCGUGGGAACGCCUGCCAGGGGUGGGGCGAUCGAGCACCGUCUGCACCAGCAGCAGUGUCAUACUGGAGAGGAGAGACGUCAAGCCCGAUGAGGACGCCGGCAGCAGUAAGAGCAUGGCCCUGGUGGUGCGUGGUGAAGGAGGACCACAUUACCCAGACUCCUACUGCUCCUCCCUGCAGGACGGAGGGGGAGGUCGCUCCAGCUUCGCCUCCUCCCAGUGCAGUGCUCCUCCCUCUCUCGCUGUAAGCUUGGUCGAUGCUGGGGUCGCAGGGAUCCCAGGGGGGCUGCAGCAGUACCGGGCCUCCAUUAAACCCCUGAUGGGCUACAGAGAGAGCAUGGAUCACUCGACCUGCUCCCUCCACAGGCAGAAGAGCAGGAAGUAUGGAGAAAGCCAGUUCCCUCCCCUGGGAACCAAAACCUCACCUGCUUCCCCUCACAGAGUCAGUGACGUCCGGAUGAUUGACGGACAGAUCACCGGAGGUGUGGGCCUCAUGUCUCCAGAGAGGAUGUCACCGAUUCGCCGGUCCCUGCGGCGGGACAGUAAUGGAGGCACGGUGGAGAUCAUAAACAGGAGCAGAGGAGGUGGCUCGUCUUCCUCUGCUUCAUCUGUAUUUGUGGACAGCCCUCAGGAGCAACCUGAGAGAUUGUUUCAGGGUCAUGUGACUGCCAGCAAUGACCAGAGUGAGAGAAUGAAAGCCAUGGAGGAGCAGUUAGCCAGCCUGGCAGGGCUGGUGCACCACGCUUUGUCUAUGGGAUCAGAUGUCCCAGGAGUCGAGGACACUGUCAGUGAGAACGCUGGACGCAAACUCCUCAACAACAGACCUGUGUCGUCUGAGCCUCAGAACUCUGCCACCUUGAUUGACGGCUUCAGUCCCGCCCCUCUGGCUCUUCAGGCCUCUGACAGCCGCCUGCAGCACCGCUUGGUGCUAGCAAAGAAAAGUGUGUGUGAGCUGCGACUGCAACUGAGCCAACUCAGAGACUUACAGCUGUCAAACCAGGAGACCGUGAGUUCGAUGCUGCGGAUGGCAGGUCAGGAGCUGAUGCUGCUGAUGUGUGAUCGGCUGGCUCAGUCUGAGGAGGCAGCGUACAGACGGAGAGCUGAGAUGGAGGAGGAGAGGAUCCACUACCUGGCUAAAGAGGACAGAAUUCUCAAACAGAUCAGUGAAGUAGAGGACUAUGUGGACCGUUUGCAGAGAAGCUCCGCCUCCAGUCCUGGACAGCUGUCAGUCACUUUGAGAGACGUGGAGGAAGGAGCAGUCGGCCUGCGGAGGGUUGGAGAAGCUCUGGCCGCCCUUAAAGGCGAGUUUCCAGAGCUGCAGGUGAAGAUGCGCUCAUUGCUGAGGAUGGAGGUGGAGGCGGUGCGUUUCCUGAAGGAGGAACCUCACAAGAUGGACUCCAUGUUAAAGAGGGUCAAAGCCCUGACUGACGGCCUCAGCUCUCUCCGCAGGUGUGUGUCAGAGUCAGCCUCUCCCAGUAGGUCAGCCCAGGUGGAGCCUCUAAAGGUCCUGGAAACAGACCAGGGACCCAUGAGGACUCCGAGCCCUAAGAGCCCCCCCAAACCGCCGCUUCGAUCCUCUGUCAGAUCCCCUCUUCCCACCCCAGCUCUCUCUGGGAGUCAGGCUGAGGUGAGCCAGGUGGGCUCAGCCUCCCCCGUUUUGGCCCAGAGAAUGAUGAGCACAGCAGCCACGGUGACCCACCACCACCAACACCACCAUCCCAGUCCCCCACUGAAACCCACCCAUGGACAAGACUCACCCACUGUGGCCAAGGUGAGUCCUCGCAGCAGAGAGGGCAGUCCGGCCCUGCAGAGGAGACUGGGCCCUCCGCAGUCCAACGGGACAUCAACACAAGGGAGCCACACUGACCAGACCACCGUAACACACACACAGACGCACACUGAGACUACAGAGGGAAGUCUAAGUGGACAAACCAGCAGUACAAACCAGUCCAGCGGCAGCCAAGCCAAGCAGACAGUUAGCUCCGACUCCUGUCGGCCUCCAUCCUCCAACGCCAGCACAGAUGUUCACCGGGGCCUCCAGGAAGCCCAGGCCAGCCUGAUGGAGUCCAUUCCUAAUCUGAAUGUGUCGGAUACCAGAGAGUGUCCCUCUGAGUCUGCCUCAGGACAGAACACACCUUUGGACCUGACAGUGCAAGCCUCAGUGGAGCAGCAGCAGCCUGAUACUCAGCUUAGUGAUGAGAUCAUCUCCAGCCAGUUACAACCCUCAAACACAGCUCCAGCAGCAUCCUCUCAGCCUCCUGCAGCCACUGCGACACCUCCUCCAUCAGCUGCUUCCAGCGCAGAGCGCGGCAGCCGCCCACCGGUAGAGAAACCCCGACGCUCCAGUGUGGACAAGGAGAUGAUGAAGCAGAGUGCAGACAGAGCUGGCCGGUCUCCUCCUCCUCCUCCACGAAGGGUCCAUGCUGUCAAUGCAGGUCUUACCACAGGAAGGUCAGGAGAGGUGACCUUCACCACCAGGAAAGACAUGGCUGGAGCGCAGGACGAGGGGGAGAAAGAGAAGCCAGAGAAAGAUCGCCCUGUGGUUCCUCAGCCCAAACCUCCAAGACAGCUGCCAGAGGUCAAACCUAAGCCCCAGAUGUGUGUUCCUGCACCUUUGGCUCUUGUUUCCACUUGUUCCACCCCUGCUACAGCCUCAGCACACAGGGGGGAGGAGGAGGAAGAGGAGGAGGAGGACAGCAAAUUCAUGAAAGAAGUGCAGGUGACUACAGAACUGUCAAAUAAAAAUGAUUUGUCAGGUGGAAAUAAGCAAUGGAAAGGACAGUUGAGGACAUCGUCAACAUUACGUGUGGCCAAUCAGAAGCCUUCUGACUCAGCAACAUGUGAGCACCAGUCAGCUCCUCGGUCGGGAAAUACAGAUGUCUCCACUCAUAAACUCAUAACAGCAGCUGGACUGGAAGGACUCAGCAAGGAGGUGGAGGUUCCCCCACCUGCCGCUUCGCGUGAUGGAGUUCCGAGGAAUGGAGAGCUGCCCCCACUAAACCAAAAGAAAGUGGAGAAGAUGGAGGCCCUUAGAGUUCCAACUUCACCCAAAGAAAAUGAUCUUAUUGUAAACACUGAUGAACAGAAUAACAGGGAGUUUGUUGGGAACGUGCGCUCCCCAACCACAGCAGAAAAUAAGGUCAAGUUUACGACAGUUGUUACUCUGAAAAAAGGAAAGACGCAAGGAACUGACCUCACAUGUCCCGACCAAACCAGUGGAAAAGCUGUCAAAGAGGUCCCAGCUGAGAAGAGGUCCAAUCUGACGGUUAUUGUAACUUUACAAAAAGAAAACGGCUCGACAGACUCGUCGCCGACGGUUCAGCAGGAUAAGUCCCUGAGCUCGGAUCAGGAAGGUCUCGCUUCUCCUCUUGUUCAAAAACCUUCCCCGCCUUCGCCUGGCCUGACUCACAGCUACAGCAGCAGCAGCAGGCAGCAGAGCCAGGACGCAGCACUGCAGGCGUUCAGGAACCAAUCACUGUUCACAGAAGAAGGAGGAAGCCUGAGCCCUGAUACUCUGGAAGAUGAGGGACCUCCUCCACCACCUCCAGUGGGUAAAAUCAGCCUUAGGAUCUCCAAGACCAGGGUCAGGUCACAGUCCAAACAGGAAGACCUGGCCAAAAUGAAUGGCUCUGACCCACAGACUGUAAGUGGGGACAGCACUGGUGAAUCCGCUUAUCUGGUACAUGAGAACCAAGGUUUUGAGGACGGUGAUGACUUUGACAAGAAACCUAUUAUUGUUAUCUUUAACGAGCCUAUGGACACUCUGUCAGCCUACAAACGUCUGUCCACCAUCUUUGAAUGUGAGGAAGAUCUUGACGGGAUUCUGUCUCCGGAAAGUAUAGUGGCUGAAGAGCAGACCCAGCAGGAAGAGGACAAACAGGAUGUGAGAAAACUUUGCAUCUCUGAAAUAAAUACGAGGCGAGACGUCACGGGGAACGGUCAGAAUCAUCUACAUCAAAGACCUUCAGCAGGUAGUGACUCGGUUCAUGGAAACCAAAACCAGGGUAAAGCAGACUUGCUCAGAAAGACAGAGACCAAAAGGAAAUUCAAAUUCAAGUUCCCGAAAAACAAACUAGCGGCAAUCAGCCAGGCCAUUCGGACAGGGAGCAGGACAGGAAAGAAGACUCUCGAGGUUGUUGUCUUAGAGGAGGAGGAGGAGAUGGCAUCGGACAGCAAGCCAGUGAAGGAGAACGAGAAGCAGACAAAGGAGUCCAAGAUGUCUCACACCAACAGUACCAAAUAUUUCAGCUUGGGUGAAGGCAAUGGCUGUGACAGAGACCUCAAGGUGUCCUCUCACAGACACUCCAAACCACACAGCCGGGUGGAGAAGCUCUGCCAGAGUACGUCAAACUCUAUCGACAGCCUGGAGGAGUCCAUUAAACAGCUGGGAAUCAGUGUGGAUAGUAUAACUGCCCCUUCCUCCCCCUCCUCCAGCCUGUCCUCACCUCCUCAGUCCCCCAAUUCUGUCUCUUCUGAGAGAGCCCACCUCAAAAGACAAGUCCAACGAGAAAGGGAGAAGAGCCCGUCCAAGAGGCCGGCCCCUCAGAUCCUCAAAGGCCCAACUCCACCUCAGAGUAAGAGGGUCAAACCCCAGCCUCCACACGACAGAGGGAAAACCUCCUCCAAGAGACAGACAUCCAGCAGCAGUUCCAGCUCAUCCGCUCUGCGACCUCACUCCAAGUCCCGCCACUCGUCGGGCUCCUCAGGCUCACCGGAGAAGACGCCUAAGGGUCAGCAGCAGGCCGCCCCGAAACAGCCCAGCCAGCCACGCGUUGUUUCCAUCCCACGCUAACGCCAGCUCGGCCCACCGCGGGCUUCGCAGCGGCAGCAAACAUCAGCACCACCUCGUCCUCGCCUCUACCUCCACCUCCAGCACCGCCUCCACCUCCCAGCACACCUACCACUCUUCGUCCUCCUCGCCCUCCUCCUCCACCUCCUCCUCCCUGUCCCCCACCUCAUCCUCAUCCUCCCCUCCCUCCCCCUCCUCCUCCCUCCUCCCCACCACAGUGAGUCAUGGGGCGAGGAGCGUCCGAAUGUCGGCGUCCAACCCCAGCUCUCCGUGCCACGCCAGGAAACGCACGGGAAGCCAAGCUGGCCCACUCGUGCGCACCGUGGCAACAGCCUCGAGGGACACGGCGUGAUGGUUUCAUGUUUGCAUCUGGGAUUUAUGUUUUAAAAACAUGUAAGUGAAGACAGAGACGAAUGGGACACAGACAACUGAUGUGCUUGAGAGAAAAAAAAAAAGCCAAAAUGUACAGUUCCUACAGCAAUACGGUGUGAUGUUUACCUCUCCGCGCGGUUUGGACGGGUUGGGGACAAAGAUAAGACUUGUAAAACCAGAAACAAGAUCAACUCAGACCUGGUACACUUCUAAACCACACCACUGCCACACGCUGUGCAUCAUAGCAUCGCCUCCACAGCCUGACACAUACAGCAGCAUAUAUUAUUAUGGGCUGGUUUCAGCUCAUCAAAGAUAUUCCUGUAUCAGCCAACAGAUAACAAACGGCAGCACGCUAGCGCUACCACGACAUCCUUUACUCACUGGAGAGUUUAUUUUUUAACUGGGAAAUGAUCCAUUCAAGACAAAUCUUGGUCACAGUUCUCUAAUGAUAUUUAAGGAUUUUUUUUGAUUUAGCAGGCUGUGCCUUGUACUCCAGCAGGGAGCAUCACCUCGGCACACAGGGCCGAUGCCCUGCUCUGCUCUCAGCUGCUUUUUCUCAGUGCUGUUUGAAGGCAGCUGGACUCACAUGAGGUUCUUCAAGAUGUUUCUCCUCUCAUCUCAAUGAGUUUUCAUUUGUGGACAGUGAUGUUCAAAUUUUUGGACAGAGACGACAGAGAGAGGAGUGAAAGAAGACAACUACGUCAAACUGGAACGACCUGCACUCAACAUAGAGUCCCAGCAGUCCCCAUGAAGUUUUGGGUUCCCCUCCCCAGGCAGCUAAACAUCCAUUCACACCCUGACUCGUGUGACCCUAACAACUCACAAUGACACCUGGACUCUCCACCAGUCAGUUAGAACUGAAGAGGCCUCUCAGAUGAAGGUGAAACGUUUCUGAGAAGCUCUAGGAAUGCCUUCGUACAGCACUUAGAAAUACCACGAUGGAGCUGGAUGACUGAGAAUCUUCACAGACACUCAGCAAAUUCUUCCUUUACACACACGAGUGAGUGACUGUACAGACAAGCCGGCCAUCUGAGGAGUAAUGUCAAGAAGAAUUCUGGACUCUUGGAUGAGCCCCAAGAUGUAAAAUUAGUGGAUAAAGGUAAAGACUUUUUUUCUAAAACAUUGCCUGUCACUCAGUAAGGCAGUGGAGGCAGCACAGACAUCAGUUCUACAGCAGCUCUGCUGAGGAUUAUGGGAGGUCAUACCGUCUGUACACACCUUACGCAGUCCUGAGAGGGGCUCAGAGAGAGCACAGGUGUGGUGGGCCUUUAAAAAUCCUGAUCCUCACCAGAUAUAUCCAUGUCAUGACUGAUAUCCAGGCUCCUGCUCCUUGGCUUGCUCUUCCUGUCAGCUGAUGGCACAUCACAGAGACACUUCAGUCAGAGGUCCACAGUGGGACCUGCAGGCCCACCUUUAAAUAGAGCAUGUUUCUGAAGACAUUCGCUGGUCAGCUACAGCUGAGAGGAUUAGUUCUUCCGGAGAAGAAACUAGUCAAAUAACACACCGUCAUUAGUAUUAUCAUUAUUAUUAUUAAAAUAUUGUGUUUUUGAUGAACCCAUGUUUCCUUGAUCUGCUUAGUUUGCCUCUUCAACAGUUUCCUCCUCAAACAGACUUUGAACCUGUGACUUUCUCCACAGGGAAACAUCAUCAUCACCUUUAGCUGUGUGUACAGAUGUGCUCAGAACAUCUGGAUACAGGUUACAGACAAUCAGACGCUGUGUGAUGGAAUUUCUUAACUGUUGUUUCACUAUAAUGUCACAGGUCAAGAUGCAGAAUAACAUGAAUUAGAAUAUAAUCUGAAUAGAGGAGAGUUUAUUUUUCUUCACACACUCGCUCAGACCUGUAAGGUGUGUGUGUGUGUGUGAUACAGUGUGUGUUUCAUUUAACACUGUUGAAUAUAUUUCUAUCAAAAUGUAGAGCUCUAUAAGAAGUUGUGAUGAUCAAUAUACAGAGUUUAUACAAAGACAAUCCUAUAUGUCCUGUUCAUGUCAGUGCAGAGCUUUUAUGUUCAUAAUAUAUAUAAGAAUAAUAUGUAUAUUAGAUAUUAUUGUGCAUAUGCAACCCUGUGUCUAUUGUUGAGUUGUUUGACGUGAUUCUUGCCAUAAAAAAAGAACUUUUUUUUUUUUAAACUGUGCAGGCUGAGUUCACUGUCACAGACACCUUCAGUGUAUAAAAUGAAAGCCAUAAAGAAUAAAGGCACAUGUCAGAGUCAGAUGAGAAGAUGGAGGUCUUGGUGGAGGUAUGUUCAGGACAUGUAUGACCAUCUGUUUGCUCCUUCAAAGGGAAAAAAAAGCCUUUCUACUGCAGACAAACACUCAGCAGGGUUUUGUGUGUUGUCCACUUAUGGAAAUGCAGCCCUAUAUUACCAGCACUUCAUAUUAAUAUUCUACUGAUCUAAAAGAAACAGAAUGAGAUCACACUGCAGGACAGAGGCGAGACCAACAAACAAACAGGGAGACAACAUACUGAUUCCUUACAUUCCAGCACUUACUGCUCCUGACACCUUUGCCUUCCUCUGUCUUUCUCUGCUGUCUUCUUUGGUUUAUUUUACUCUGUGUGUUUGUCAGCAAAAACACACCAAAGUGGUUUGACAGUGAUUUAAGACACUCUGUGGACAUUUUACUGUAUUGUGUAUAAUGUUUAUUAUUCAAUGCUAAAGGCUCAGUCUCACUGAAACCUUCACUUGUAUGCAAACUGUUUUUAUAAAAAAAAGUUUUGUUGUUGUUGAAUCAGAGUGUGAGCCUGUGCAUGCUGUCAGUCAGUCCGUGUCUUCUGGAAGACUCGAGCCUCCUGUGAGGGUGGAGAACUAAUAAAGGGCUUCACAGUGUCCAAACAUCAGUUGCUCCUUCUGUCCGGCUUCAUUUCACAGUACAGUGCUGCGCUGCGUCAGCAGGGGGCAGCAGAGUCCUGAUGAUCCCAGAGGGGUCCGGCUCAGGUCCAGCUG